AGAAAACGGCAAAGAACAGUUUCAUCGUAUGCGCUGAAGUAAGAGACUGACACGUGUCUUUGUUCCCGAAAUCUUCGAACUCGCUGAUGUAGGAAUCUGUUUGAAUUGAAUUCGCAUGGCGUUCCUUUGCAAUUUCGUCCGGCGGAGACUUCAUACUCUGUUGCGGCCUUUUUCUCGGGAAGAACCUGACCUUCAGGUCAAAUUAGGGCUUACUGAUACUCUCCUCACAUUGCGGAAUUUUCGAUUCGAUGUUUCUCAGCUUAAUCAACUCCUCGAUGGAUCUAGUGUUUCAUUCCAAGGAUUUACUGUCGACCACCUGGUUAUUCACUUGUCCGUUUGGUCAGCUCCGGCCAUUCAGAUCGAAAUUCGCGGUGUACAUGUCAGAUUAUCGGCCAGAGGAACGGGGGAAGGAAGCUCGAGAAGGAUGCGAGCAUCACGUGAAACUGUAGCAAAUGAGAUAAGAAAAGUUCUAUCUUCUAUUGAUCCCGAGGGAUGCUUCUUACAUGAGAUUUUGGAGAGGAUGCUCGAUGGUAGUUCUCAGCAAAAUAAGCUCAAGACUUCCUUCUCGAAUCUUGUUCUUAGGCAUUUCCGUAUUCAGAUACAUGGGAUUGAUGUUCAGGUUUGUUUACCUGGUUCGAGUGACUUGUGUUGUGUUCUGGAAAUCAACGAGCUGAGGAGUGAUUCUGAGAAUUCUGGAAAUCUUAGUUUCUUAAGGAGUUCAGCUGCUGCAGUGUUAUUUCCUUUGAGGCGUAGUUCCUUAACACUGAGUGGCGAUGGUUUCAAGAUUGGAUAUAAGAGUAAUAAUGAUAUCGCUGACCUUUGCUCAUUUGACAGUCUUGUCAUGUUGAUUACGCUGCAUAAUCUUCAUCUUACUGAUCUGAUCGUCCGCGUUCCAGAGUUAAGUUUCUCGUUUAGACCCACUGAUCUUCCGGUUUUUAUGGGAUUGACGAAGUUAUCAUCCAAAGAUAGCAAUUCUGUCAGAAAUGGACGUCAUCUGUGGAAAGUAGCUGCUCGGAAAAUUGGCUUGAUGAUCUCACCUCACGCUUUUUCAUUCCAGAAUUCAGUUAGUGCUGUUAUCCUCUGGAUGCGAUACGUGAAUGCUUAUGAGUAUUUGCUAUCUUUAGCUGGGUACUCCAGGAAAACACCAGAGAAAUCAUCACUUUGGAAAGCUUCAGAAAACAAAAGGCAUUCUGUAUCUGCAAGACGUAAAUGGGAGAUGAUAUGUAAUAUUGAGAAAGAACUCCCUGCUGAAGCCAUCGCGCGGGCGCGUAGAGUAGCCAGAUACAGAACUUGUGUGAAUUCUCAGAAUGGUAGUGAUGAUUUUGACGAAGCUUCCAUAUAUGGCCACUUCAAUUUUUUGUGUAAGAUCACCUGGGUUUUGGCUUACAUCUGGAGACUUAUAAGUCAAACAUUCUGGUCUAUAGCUUGCUUUCUCUCGUCAAGGAAACUGUUGACCCAAGAACUACAAACUGAUAGGAACAAUGAAGCUGAUUCCGAGCCGGUAUCUCUUGAGUUUCAUGCAGUUGUCAAUUUUGGGAAACUUUCUAUCACAUUUUAUCCAGAGAAAAUGAUUUCAAGUUUUAUGACAUCGAAAGACAGUACUGGACACACAGACUCAAAUGUUGUGACUCUUUGCCUUUCGGUCGAUGAGUUUUUGGUAAUGCAUACUGUUGGCUGUCUUACUCAGUGUUCGUCUGCUUCCUGCGGGAAACUGAAGGUUAUGUCCUCUGGUUUUGGAAAAACCAGUCGUUACAUGAGAUCUACAAAAGAUCCCGGUAGUUCUGCUGAAAGAAAGAUGCGUGGGCAUGUGAAAACUAUCCUAGAGAUGGACCCAGUACAGUCAAUCCUACUUUCCAAAGCAGGUAACCAUUAUGGCAAUGAGCAACAUGAGGGAAAUCUGCAUCUACAAAAUCUUCUGAGAGAAAUGUGGUCGACCUGGAACAGCAAUUGCUUGAAGUUGGAUAAAAGUACUUUUGAAAUUUCUGAUAACCCUUGUCUACUCGUUGAUAUGAAAACCUGCAUGGCAUAUCAGGAUGCUGGUAACCAAGAUUCUGGGCUCUGGAAAUGUAGCAUGGUAUUGGGGAAGUUGGAUAUUGUUUUAGAAUAUUCAUCGUUGUUUUCAAUGGCUCUACUUAUUUGGCAGACACAACAGUCUCAGAGUUUAUUUGAAGGCGAAGUUACUGGACGGGGUCAUUCAAGUUCUUUGGUAACAGGUGGAGUUGAUUCUGAAAUGGCUGGUUAUGACGAAUAUGGGAUCUACAGACGCAUUAUUGAAUUGUGUUUAGUAAGUGUUCAUCCAGAGAGACAGAUUCAGGUUGGCAUACUUGUUGGUGGCCCCCAGGUCAAAUUGUUCGUGGAGAAGUCUGAAGAAGUGGAUGCUUUAAUUGGGCAGAAAGAUCUUCUUGUAUUUGAUAUCCAUGAUUUUGAGUUUGUCGUUUGGCCGGCUUCAAAAUCUGACGUUGUGCUAUUACGGAUGUUUCAAGGGCCUGACAACGCAAGAUCAGAUAGGCCUUUGCGUCAGGACCUGGGGUUAAGUGAUACUGUGAUUCCAAUUUAUGAAAAAUAUGUUUCUCAAGGAUUGAAUUCUCUGUCCUCACACCUAGGGUUUUCUGGUUUUGAUUGUUCUUUCUGCAAAAUGGCAGAAAAGAAAUGGAGUCAAGUUUUUGUAUUGAGACCCGUAACUAUCUGCUUUUCAUCCUUAAGAGAUCAUGUUUAUUCCUUCAGCGAAGCUAUUAUCAAUUUCUCAACUGGUUUGGAUGUGUUGGUGCUGGGACUGACUGUUGUAUUAAAACCGGGUGACCUAAAUGCUUAUUUUCAGAUGCUUCUAAGCUUAGUUUCUGGGGUAUCCCGUAGUAUGAGCGGUUCUAGCUCUGCGGGUCGUUCACUGGGACAAGAACUCAGGUCUGCUGCAGUGCAUGUGGAACAUGAGAUCGAAAAGACUUUUUGCAAAACUCUUUUUGCAGUUAAAGCGAUCAUUAAGAUGAAGGCUAUAGACGUGAUAUUUGAUGUUCCUGCAUCAGACGAAAGUUUUGAGAAGCCUAUGGAGCUAGCUGAUUUUAGAAUUUGGUCUUCUGUCCAGGAAGCAUGCGCUGAACUAUCUUGUGAAGAACAUAGGUUUUUAAUCAAUGUUGAUUUGUGUGAACUCCAGUCUAUACUCUUCAGAUACAUGGAUAAUAUAUGGAAGAGUUCUGGCAACUUUAUUACAGAAUCUUCGCCGUUCAGGUCACAUGAUAUCUUGUUUGAUGCAUGUCUUUCGAGCUUCAUAUUGAGUGUGUGUAUGGAUUGCUCAAGCCCAUCAGCUCUAGGGGACGCCUGUCGUAUGGCUGAUGAUUCUGCAGGAAAUGCAUCAACAACAAAUGAACCUACUACAGAUAGAGUUCAGGUUCAGAGAGAAGUGGACCAGUUGGACUCUGCUUCAGAUUCUUCACUGUCCAACUCGACCCGUUGGAUACACAUCGAUUUAGCAUUGACUGAUUUACUUGUAGCUAGGUGCUCAACAAAAAAUGUCUUGGUUGAAGUUCGUCGGUCAAGUAACUUUGUAACUUCAGUCUCUAUUGGGAGAAAAUUUCAGUCAAUUUCCUGUAAAAUCGAGGGUGGUCUUUUUGUCCUUGAACCAGAGGCCUUGAUCGGGUUAAUUCAUGGUUACUCCGCGUACCUUUAUUUCAUUUCAAGUAAGAUGUCAGUAAUUCAAUCUUCUGCGCCAAUUCUUGAGAAAGUAGAAGCUGAUUCAGGUGUCAGUGAAGUUAGUACUCCUUCUCAACAAGCAAAAUGGUACCUUGCAGAAACGUUUUCUAUAGAUGUCACCCAGUUAGCACUGAGUUUUGUCUGUGUUGAUGAAUAUGGAGGUAUAAGGGAAAUUGUUCUGGAGAUCAAUCUCCACAGUUCCCUUGAUUUGGCACGCAGAGAACAGAAGUUUCUUUGUGAAGUUUCUCGCGUAUCAAUUCUUUCUAAGAUUCUUGAGAGCGUGGAAAAGGACAUAAAUAUUACUCAAUUUUCUUCUCCACCAUUUAGUGAAUCUUCUUCUUUUCUGUCUGGUGCUCCUCUGGAAACGUCAUUUCAGCAAAGGGAUGUAAUUAGUUCAGGUGAUAGUACAAGUGUUUCAGGAGAUUUUAAUGGUCCAAGGGAAUUCUCUACCAACAGCAAUUUACAGGAAGAAUUUCACUCGCGCUAUAAAAACUAUAUCUUGGAAGAACUACGUGUCUCUGCAUCUGCUAUGAAGCGAGAAAAUACCGGUCACCAGUGUAGUCAGGCCUGGGAAGGUGGUUGUUCUGUUCUAGGAUUUGAUAUAACCAUUUCUCUGUCAGAAUUGCAGAUGGUCCUUUCAAUGCUUUCAUCCUUUUCUGCGUUACCUGGAGGAGGAAGCGCAGAUGCUUCUUUAGAAAGGCCUUCGUUCAACAGGGAACCUGAAAGAAGUUUUGAGUCUGUAGUUCCUGAUGGAGCGAUUGUUGCUAUUCAAGAUAUACAUCAACAUAUGUUCUUCACAGUUGAAGAUAGGGGGAACAAGUGUGUUGUGACUGGUACCCUUCAUUAUUCUCUGGUUGGAGAAAGAGCUCUUUUCAGGGUCACCUACCAUCGCUAUCAAGGAUGGAGUUCAUCCACCUUAUGGUUCUCCUUGACAUCUUUGUAUGCCAAAAACAAUAAAGGAGAACCAUUACGGUUAAACUAUCAUUCAAGUUCAGAUUUUGUUAACGUCUGUGGACUUCAUGACAACGCAACAACACUCUUCCGGGCAUCUGUUGGCGAAUCCGAAAAUUAUAAGGGUGACAUUGACUGGGAGACCUACCGUAAAUUGGUCAAAGAUACAUUUUACCUUGUCAACAAGAAGAGUGAUUCAGCUGUUGCAUUUAUUGAUAGUUUUCCAGAAUUUGUUCGAAAGCCAGGAAAUCCAUUCAAGUUUAAAGUGUUUCGUGAAAGUUUGGCGAUUCGUAAUAGUACAUCUGUGGUACCUCCUGAGAUCCAUGAGUCUGAAACGCAAUCUGUGAUGAACUCUUCCCCCCCUUCUAUUACCGUAACAAUCGAUGGGGUAUCUCUGACCAUUGUUCAUGAACUUUCAGAAACCAGGGACAGAUUUCCCCUGUUUCGUGGUUCAAUCAAUAUCACUCAGCUGACUUUACAAAUGUUAUCUUCUAAAGCCAGGGUUAUGAGCACAUCAAACAUUUUAGUGCUGUACUUUGAUGCUCAGACAAACCAAUGGCGGGAAUUUAUUCAUCCAGUUGAAGUUAGUGCUUUCUACCGUUCAACUUUUCAGACCCAGGAUCUUAAAAAUACUAUGCACAAAGUACCUAGCCAUAUUUACUGCAGAAUUGGCAAGUUGGAGGUCUAUUUAACCGAGCUGUCAUUGGAUAUGCUCCUUUUUGUGCUUGAAGAACUGGAGUUUGCUGGUCCAUUUUCUGUGAAAACUUCCGUCAUUCUUCCCAACUGUUGCAAGAUAGAAAACCUCUCUGGCCUUGACCUUACUUGCCGUUUCAAUGAGAAACAGACUACCACAGUUAGUAGGAAACAAACUGCUUCGAUUUUUCUUCGGCAUUCAAUGAACCAUCAACCAGAAGCUUUUCCAGUGGUUGCGGUCCAGCUAUCUUCUGGAAAUUUCAUAACUUCUUCUUUAAACGUUUCUUUGUUAGAAGCCAGAACACUAGCUUGGAGAACAAGGAUAGUAUCACUCCAAGAUUCGAGGAGUCAUCCUGGACCGUUUGUUGUUGUUGAUAUUAAGAAGGGAUCUGAGGAUGGUUUAUCGAUCUCAGUUUCUCCUUUGACAAGGAUUCAUAACGAAACUAGUUUUCCGAUGGAGAUACGUUUCCAACGAUCUAAGCAGAAGAGAGAUGAUUUUGCUUCUGUACCUCUGAAGCCUGGUGCUUCAAUUGAUGAUUCAGUGGGAGCAUUUAAUGCCAUAAGCUUAUCGGGCGAUCAGAAGAAGGCUUUGACAUCUUUAGCUGUUGGUAAUUAUUCACUCUCGUUCAGACCUGAAUCUUUGGAAACUUUGUUUGAGAGUGAGAAGUCACUGGCAAGUGAAUGGUCUGAACAGCUUGAAGGAGGGAAGGCAGUACGCCUAACGGGAAUCUUUGAUAAAUUGAGUUAUGGAGUCAAAAGGGCUUUCUCUAUCAAAUCAGUGAAUGUCUCCUUGACUACUACAUAUUGUUCUGUCACAUCUGAAAGUCAGUGUGUUGGCAAGGUGCACUUUCUGAUCCAUACCAUUGGGAGGGAAGUAUCUAUCAUACGUCCUGAUACAUCCUCUGAUGUGUUUGAGAAACGGAAUGCAUCUAUUGCAUUGCGAGAGCAGAAGGAAAUUUUUCUUUUGCCCACCGUGCAUGUGUCAAACUUCCUGUCCUCCGAAGCAGCCAUUAUUUUGACAGAGACUGAUCAGUUCACCUCGAUGGAGAGACAUAGCAUUGGCAAGCAUGCAACGAUACAGAGUGGAAAAACAAUGGAUUUUUAUGCGAAUCCUGAGAUGAUAUACUUUAGAGUUACUCUCACUGCUUCCCGAACGAGCUGCAAACCAGUCAAUAGUGGUCAGUGGGUGAAGAAGUUACAGAAACAGAAGAAUGAUGCAGAGUCUUUGGAUGUUGGUCUUGAUUUUGCCGAUGGAAAAUACUGUGCUUCCUUGAGAUUGUCUCUAGGGAAAAGAGGCAUACUGGAGGCAGCUGUUUUCACGUCGUACAUUCUUAAGAACGACUCAGACUGCACCUUGUUCUUCUAUCCCCCUGGCCAAAAGCCUCUAUCCAGGGAAGAUCUGGAGAAACUUGGUUACAUUGUCCCCCCUGAGUUUGGAUUAUAUUUGCCCCCAAAGACAGAGGGAUCGUGGUUUUUAAGAUCUCGUAAGGUUAGUGUUAUAUUGGCUGAUGGUCAUGGGGCAACUGAAGCAGUGUUGGAUUUGGAUGCUUUAUCAGGACUUACAGAAAUUAGUAUGGGAACAAAAGAUGAGUCUGGAUUUGGGUAUAUAACAAGGUUUGGGUUGUCAGUUAAAUCAAUCUCAAGUAAAAUGCUUGUUCCAUCACGGAUUGUGACCUUUGUUCCAAGGCAUCUUGUAAUCAAUGAAUCGGAAGAGACCAUCAACAUCCGCCAACGCUAUUUUCAGGAUGACUCUGUAGGCAUAAUCACCAUCAAAAGCAAGCAAAGAGCAGCCUUACGAUUGCAGGAAGAAACUACACAGAAGAAAGAACUUCAUCUAUUCGAAAAUUUUAUCAGAAAGCACGGAAGUGACAAUGCAAAUCCAUUGACAUUCAUUCAGUUUGGGUUGAACAAAGCAAACUGCAGUUGGUCAGGUCCACUAUGCAUCACUUCAAUUGGAUGUUUUUUCCUCAAGUUCAGAAAGCAGUCAGGUGAAACAGGCAGAGGCGCAAUUGAAUUCGCAUCUGUGAAUGUUACUGAAGAAGGUUCAACCCUUGCUGUGCGCUUCCAAAAACCACCAAAUACCCCACCACCAUAUCGAAUUGAAAAUUUCUUGUCUGCAUCUCUCACUUACUACCAAAAGGAUUCAUCGGAGAUUGAAGUACUUGGACCUGGAAGUGGGGCUGAUUAUGCAUGGGAUGAUAUGACCCUUCCUCACAAGCUUGUAGUGAUAGUAGAUGGCAUGAUACCUCUGCGUGAAGUCAGCUUAGAUAAGGUUCGUCCAUGGAAACCCCUUUUCAAGGCAACUCAACACAGAAGCAUAGCCUCCCACUUAAUGUUGGAAAAGAAGGCCAAAGAUCAUAAAACGGCCUACGAGCAAUUGAGUAGCAUACCGAUGGUAAAGGUCGGAUAUGAAGUAUAUGCAGAUGGUCUGACUCGAGUAAUUCGCAUUUGUGAAGCUUCAAAAAGCCUUAAAGAAGACUCAGUAUUCCAAUCUCGUUCAAAAAUUCAGUUCCGGAUAACCCAUUUAGGAAUUCACUUACUCGAAAAAGUGAAGCAAAAUGCAGAGGAAAAAAUUGUCCUGACAUAUUCUCCGAUCCUAGUGGCAAGACUAGAGAAUUUUGGUCUACAAUCCAUGUUCACUGACCAACAGAAAUUUAACCAAUUAUGUAUAGAGGCUCUAAAUGUGGAUCACAAAUGGGUAGGGGCACCCUUUGCAGCCAUGCUUCGUCAGCAUCAAUCAGAUUCCAGUGACGGAAAUGGUUGUCUGUUCAAAUGUGUAUUUAUUCUAGUAUCAAGUGGUUCCAGCGUCACACAAGUCAAGCACUCCUCAAUAGUUUUGCAGCCAGUCAAUUUGAACCUAGACGAAGAGACUUUAAUGAGAGUUGUGGCGUUUUGGAGAUCGUCUCUCAGUACAAAUACACAAAGUAGUCAAUAUUAUUUUGAUCAUUUUGAAAUUCACCCAGUAAAGAUAAUUGCUAAUUUUGUUCCUGGGAGCUCAUAUUCGAGCUAUGAUUCCGCUCAAGAAACUCUGAGGUCAUUGCUGCAUAGUGUUGUUAAGGUUCCACAAAUAAAAAAUAUGGUUGUAGAGCUAAAUGGUGUGCUGGUCACUCAUGCUUUAAUAACGGUUCGCGAACUACUACUCCGAUGUGUAAAACAUUACUCAUGGUAUGCAAUGAGAGCAAUCUACAUUGCCAAGGGCAGUCCAUUACUUCCGCCAGCUUUUGCGUCCAUGUUUGAUGAUUUUGCAUCAUCCUCUCUUGAUGCCUUUUUUGAUCCUUCUCGAGGCUUAGUGAACGUCCCUGGUUUGACAGUGGGCACCUUCAAACUCCUCAGCAAAUUUAUUGACAACAAAGGAUUGUCAGGGACAAGACGUUACUUUGGUGAUCUUGGGAAAACUCUAAGAACAGCAGGAUCCAAUGUCAUCUUCGUUGCUCUCACUGAAAUAUCAGACUCUGUUCUGAGGGCUGCAGAAAUGAAAGGUCUUGAUGGACUGGUUAGCGGUUUCCACCAUGGAAUCCUUAAACUGGCAAUGGAACCUUCGGUGAUAGGAACAGCCUUGAUGGAAGGUGGGCCUGAUAGAACAAUUAAGCUUGAUCGUAGUCCCGGUAUUGAUGAGUUAUAUAUCGAAGGAUACCUUCAAGCUAUGUUGGAUACAAUGUAUAGACAAGAGUAUCUCAGAGUCAAAGUCAUUGACGAUCAGGUUUUCUUAAAAAAUCUUCCACCAAGCAAUUCUCUCAUAGAUGAAAUGAUAGACCGUGUUAAAGAUUUUCUGGAAAGUAGGGGUUUGCUCAAAGGAGAUCCUUCAAGCUCUCGUCCUCUUCGUCGUCUCCAUGGAGAUAAGGAAUGGAAGAUCGGACCCACGGUGAUGACAUUAUGUGAACAUCUCUUCGUGAGCUUUGCAAUUCGCAUACUCAGACAGCACGCGACUAAGGUCAUUUCAGGUCUAAGGCCAAAGAGAGAAGAAGCAGAGGCCGAGACUAAUGACACUGAUUCCAGUACUGCAAUCGUACCGCUACUUAGUGACAAGAAGAAAAAGAAGAAGAAGAAGAUGAAGUUUAUGUGGAAAGCUGGUAUUGGCAAUUUCGUGGCUUCAGGUAUCGUUGCUUACAUCGACGGACGUUUGUGUCGACAGAUUCCAAACCCAAUAGCUCGUAGGAUUGUAAGUGGGUUUCUCUUAAGUUUUCUUGACAAAAGCAAUGAACAGUAAUUACGUUUUCCGUAAAUAUUCAUUCUCACAGUAGAAGCCAUGAAUCACAACUUGAUUGCUAUUGUAUAACACAAUCACAAUUACUAACGCAAAUCGAAUCCCCGAUUUCACAAAACUAUCAUCCUUGCUAUGUAA